AUGCGGAUUAUCCCACUCAGUCUACCCCAGUGGGACCUUCUGGUUGAUGGAUGCCCUUACCAGGAUGACCGUUACUUGACCACAUUGGUUCCAGUGACUGGAUCAUCUGAUCUUCAGUUCCCAACCCACUACAAGCGCUUUAUUGUGAAGAUAUUCACGUUUGUGGAUCCAGCAUCACUGGCUCCUCUGCAGGAAAUGAUCUUCAUCCACUGUAGUACAGCAGUGUGCCAUCCCUCUUCUGGCUCCUGUGAGCAAAGCUGCGGCAGGAAGAGAAGAGAUCUUGCUGUGAAGACCAUGACUAUUGGACAUACUGUGGAGAAGUGAGACUGAUUCUAUGAGCAGUCUUU